AUGGGAUCCGAAACACAGUCACAACUUCAUAUUGUUGACUUCACUGAUGAAAGCAUGAAGCCUGGCAGUGAAACAUGGCUCUCAGCUUGCCAUGUUCUGAAGACUGCAUUAGAGGACAAUGGUUGUUUCGUGGCACGCUAUGAUAAAGUUGGCAAGGAGCUUUGUGACUCUGUUGUCUUUGCCAUGGAAAAUUUGUUUGGUCUCCCAGUGGAAACAAAAGCCAAAAAGACUAGUGACAAACUUUUCCAUGGCUACUUAGGACAAGUCUCAUGGCUCCCUUUGUAUGAAUCUUUGGGCAUUGACAAUCCGUUGUCUAUGGAAGGAUGUCAAAAUUUCGCUAACAUAAUGUGGCCAGAAGGAAAUGAUCAUUUCUGUGAAAGUGUCAAUAAGUAUGCUAAGCUGUUGGGAGAAUUAGAUCAUAUGGUAAAGAGAAUGGUGUUUGAGAGCUAUGGUGUGGACAUGCAACGAUGCAGUUCUUUCAUAGAAUCAAACAAUUAUCUCCUUCGAUGCUCCACAUACAGAGCGCCCCAGAUGGAUGAAAAUGACUUGGGACUUCAUUCUCACACAGACUUGACCAUCACAUCCAUAGUACAUCAGCUCAAUAAUCUAAAUGGCUUGGAAAUCAAACUGAAGGAUGGGGAGUGGAGUGGGAUUGAUGCCUCGCCCUCCUUGUUUGUGGUCAUGGCAGGUGACGCACUCAAGGUGUGGAGUAAUGGGAGGAUACGCCCCUGUGAACACAGAGUUAUAAUGAAUGCAAAGAAAAGCAGAUACUCUAUGGGACUAUUUACUUUCAGUGGUGAGAUGAUGGAGAUACCAAAGGAGUUAGUUAAUGAAGAACAUCCCUUGCGUUAUAAACCAAUAUUUGACCACUAUGAAUUCCUUCGUUUCUUCGACAAAGAGAAAAUCAAAGAAUCUGAUUCUCGAAUCCAAGCGUAUUGUGGGAUCUGA